AUGAGCAUCUCGAUCGACUCGAAUGAGGGCGGACCGAUUGAGGGUCUUUUUGGCAGUCUUGUUGAGCAACGUGUCGGGCAUCGGGAAUUCGACCAGGACGAUGAGUUUGGACACGGGCGGCGCCCAAGCGAGGGCAGCGACAGUACCCGCUCUGAUACCGAUGACAGGCUGCUUGGUCAACCCUCUCAGAGACAAAUGAGACCCACUACAAGGCCGAGCAUCAGGGACUGGCUGAGAAAUCCAUGGGUCCCCUGGCGACAAGGGCCGGUAGCUGGCUCGCAUUCUCACAGGACACAACUUGGUAGCAGCCAUCAUCGCGCUUCAUGGUGGAACAGAAGACUCUAUAGCCGUCUCUCUCACGGACUCAUGCUCACAACACGCAUAGCAGAAAUAUCACCAUGGCGACUAAUACCAGAUACAAUCGGCUAUUUACGGUCAAUCAUCUCGACAUCAAUAGCUGCUAUCGUCAGCAGCAAACGACGGAAAAGCUGGUUUCUGAGUCUUAUCUUGAUCUCGCUUGUCUUGACAGUGUUCUCGGGAGGAUAUCUCUUAAGCCAGCUGCAGCACCACAAGGAUCUUGGACCGCCAGCUACCCCUAUAGCUGGAAUCGGUAGCGAUAUGGUGCUUGAUCCGGGCUCUGGACCACGACGAGAUCGCAAUCGCGGGAAGAAGUAUCAGUCGCCCAAGAAAGUGCCGAACAAGGGGAAUGAUAGCCCGAAGGAUCCUAGCAGUGGCACGAAAACAAACCCUGGGUCAGAUGGCAAGGACGAGUCAACAGAGGUGGAACAGCAUAAUGGAUCGAUUGGCGGCAGCAAUAGCACAGGGAUCAAAAACCAGCCAGUCAAGACAGCACCCAGCAGCUCGACAGCCAGGAUAUGCAACCUGGAAGACCUUGCGAGCGGUCAAUGGGUUAACAUCAAAACACAAGGCAAAGCCCCAGAGUGGAAACCGGACCAAGAUUUGAGCUGGACGGGCUACGGUCGCAAUGGAUGCCGAUCUAACAUUUGGAACGAACGCUACCUCCUGACACCAUCCGUUCUCGAUAAUACCACCACGCUCUAUGGCACUGAUUUGCUGCAGGCCGAUCAGGAGCACGCCUGGCAUCUGAAAAACUACCACUGGCAGCCGGACCAAAGGCGGGACCGACAAAAUCAGCGUCAGAGACAAGGACAGCCAGAUCUGGGAGAAUGCAGGCUGCCUAAGUUCGAUGCGGAAGACUUUGUGGAAGUGUUGAAAAGAGCACCCUUGGUAAUGAUCGGUGACAAGUUCUUGGAACAAGAAUACCUCGCCAUCGAGUGUCUGAUCUUGGGGAUGCAGAACCAGCUUUUGAGGGAUUAUCGGUCAGAGAUUGCUGGAUCCGACGUCGAUGACAAGGCAGCGCUGAACUCAUUGGAAUAUCGGAUCGAAUCCGAAAGUCCGCCUGUUGUCGAGUUCAAGAUUGCUCCUGGAUCUGACAGCCCACCGCACUCAGAGUCAAGGUCAUCAACAGGAGCAUCCAAGAGUCGGUCAGCAAUCUACAGAAAGGCCAAGCCGGGACAGAUGCGACUUGUUGACAGAAUAUCCAACCUGACGCUCGUAACAUUUAUUCGCUCGGACGUUCUCUGGGAUUCAGGGAUGUUGAUAGGCCAGGUAGCGAAACAUGCUCUGAAAUCUACUACAGAGCUCUCCAACUUGGACACCGGUGGGCUCCAUCCGGAUUGCAAGCUUGUAGGAACAGUGCCACUUUGUGAACCAGCGAGCAUUAGUAUCCACGACGAUCGGUCAAAGGGCUCUCAGAAGGUGAAGAACACAGCAUCUCGAUGGUGGCAAUGGUUGGUAGGAGUGAAGGAUACUGGAUUAUCAAGUAACGGAUAUGACCUAGGUGGGGCUUCUGAGAGCGAAAUGUCAGUCGGAUCGGACUUGGACCGCGAUAUAAUCAACCUAGAGUGGGCGCAGAGUCUUGAUGAUAUUGUCAAAGACUCGGCUGCGCAUCGAGAACAGGUAUCAACACGAAGGGAUUCAACUGAGGGUGAUGCUGAGCGCAAACCUGUGGUCUUGGUCAGCAACGGGCACUUUUGGGAGUUCGAUCCACGGGUCGCCAUCAGUCUUACUCAAGAAAGGAGUAACAGGAAGAUGACCAAAGCGGAUCAAGAUCAGGUCAAGGACAGCCAGGAUAAGCGCAGGAAGUUGUUGCGGCAGCGGUAUACGAUGGUCAUGACCAACAUGCUGGACUAUAUCAAAGCGAAUUAUCCAGAUCUGAGGGUCAUCACCCAGACGAGUGUUCGGCACAGUGCAUGCGAGCCGGCAUCGCUGAGCACCGCCGACAAGGCUUUUCAAGAUGCUAAGGAGCAAGAGGCUGCCCUUUUGAAUGCUCUGACCAAGACCGUAGUAGCUCGGAUGCAGGAUCCUCUUUACUCAUUCAUGGACACCACAUUCCUGCGAGUCUUCAAGGACUCUAUCGCAAACAAUCCACACUGCAGCAGCUUCAUGAUGCCAGGACCCUUGGAUAUCCUGGUGCAUCAUCUCUACGGAGAACUCUUUAGGCUCGACCUGUAA